AGCGAAUAGCUGUCAAAUUUUCCGUAACGUCAACGACGAUGCAGAAGCUGGGAAACAUUUUCGUGAGGCAGUAGAAAAAUAAAGACAAAAUUGCAUACAACGCGAUCGCGGACGCUUAUCGCUGAUUUUUUCCGAGCCAAAUUCCGCUACAUCGGGGCCAGCUCAUCCGAGCUCGAGAAGACACACGUACACCACUCGCCAUGAUUAAAGCGAUUCUAGUGUUUAACAACCAUGGCAAGCCGAGACUGUCCAAAUUCUACCAGUAUUUCAAUGAGGACAUGCAGCAGCAGAUAAUAAAGGAAACGUUCCAGCUGGUGUCGAAGCGAGAUGAUAAUGUGUGCAAUUUCCUCGAGGGUGGAAGCCUAAUCGGUGGUUCCGAUUACAAACUCAUCUACCGACACUACGCGACGCUGUACUUUGUGUUUUGCGUCGAUUCGUCCGAGAGCGAGCUGGGCAUACUGGAUCUAAUACAGGUGUUUGUCGAAACGCUCGACAAGUGCUUCGAGAAUGUGUGCGAGCUGGAUCUGAUCUUCCACGCCGACGCGGUGCACCACAUCCUCUCCGAGCUGGUCAUGGGCGGGAUGGUGCUGCAGACGAACAUGUCGGACAUUCUGGCCCGCAUCGAAGAGCAGAACAAGCUGCAGAAACAGGAGGCCGGCAUUUCGGCCGCCCCGGCGCGGGCGGUCAGCGCGGUCAAGAGCAUGAACCUGCCGCAGCAGAUCAAGGACAUUAAGUUGCCCGAUUUGCCGCAGGCGAUCAAAGAUCUGAAGUUCUGACCAAACCACAAUUUCGACGCCUCACUGCUCACGAAAAUUUCCGCCGAUUCCUCGUACAUUCCCAUCAACAGCAGCCUGGAGGGUUUCAGCUUCGAGUGCUACCAGUCCGAGUACGUUGGCGCGGCGUCCGGUUCGACCACCAAGGAACAACAGCGGGACGGCGGCUCAUCGCUGAGGAGCAGCCUGUGCAAUGCGUCCGCCGCAGCGCACCCGCCACGGAACAAACAAAAGUCGUCCAGAAAAUCGAUUGCCUCCAGUGCCACGCUGCUACGGGAGGAUAGUUUCUAGUACACACGAGCGGGGAAGGAGACAGGCGGGGCCUGCAGCUACACGAACGAAGGCCACAUUGGACAUUGCAGUCGUUUUGGUGCUCUUAACACCCCAUCUCAAAUAUCGUGCUCCUUCGCUUUAUUGUUUUAUGUGCGCGCGUGUUAGCGCGUUGGCUCCGAAUCACGGGAUUUACGUGGACGCUACUGUUAACGCUCGAAACUUUCUUUAAUACCAACUGAAUGCAAGGGUUUAGUUCAAUAGUUCAGUUAGUUUAUACCUGAGUUAUACGCAAAAAAAGAGAUUUAUCGUAACGCAACGUUAUCUAAGCAAAUAAUGAAACGUAAAACAAAUCAUUUCCUAACAACGUAAAAGCAUUGUUGAUUGGGCCUCUUCAUUUCCUCCUGAUGACUAAUGCCUUUUGUGCAAAGGCCUUAAAACUCUGAAUGUGCAACAUCUUACCUUAUUUACGUUUGGUUGAAUUUAUGAAUCAUUUUUACAGAAACAAAGAGUCAACAAAGAGGCCCAUCAAUAAUAAUACAAAAUAAAAUUGCUGAAGUUCUAAAUUUGUCGUCAGACAUGGCCGGUACGUCCAGCAUGAGCAAAAUUUGACAGCUCGCAGUUUUGACGUUUCGAUGUAGCGGCUGCACAUAGAGCACCGCCUCACAUGCUUGAUGCAUUUCGUCGGUUUCGCGGUCUGUCGUGUCGCUCCCGUAAAACAGCAACCCGGAUUCAUUUCCAGCAUCCUUUUCUGCGAGAAGCUCGAUACACCGGUUGGCAGUGUUUUAAUUUGGCAAGUUGAAGUGCAAAUUGCUCCAAGCAGCAACACGCACGCAUGCAAUUUUCAGCUGAGAUUCUUGUGUGUGGCGUUGGAGAAUUGAGCGAAACACAGUGGAGAAGGAAAGG